GCCAGCGUAUACUUGUCUACAUCUACAAGAUUAAUCCUAUUUUAAUCCGUUGAUCUCUUCACAUUUUCCAAUAUGGACCCAUUCUCGACAGAAGGUGAGCUCAUCAACAUCCACAAUGCCUUCCAUCAAGGCCAAUACCAGAACGUGAUCGAUUUCGACACCUCGGCCCUCUCACCAGACAACCACCUCACCGCCCGCAUCCUGCAGCUCCGCGCCCAGCUUGCCCUCGGCCAGACCGCCGAAGUCCUGUCCGCCGUCGAAGGCGAAGAAGAGAAUCCCGAUCUCGCUGCGGUGAAGGCACUGGCGCAACUCGCGGCGGGCGAUGCCGAGGCUGCGCUCCAGCUGACGCAGGAACUGGCGGAGAAUUAUCCGGAGAAUGCCUCGGUGCAGGCUCAGGGCCGGAGCGAGGAGGCGUUGGCUGUUUUGACGAAGCAUCAGGGGAAUUUGGAGGCUGUUGCCUUGAUUGUUCAGAUCCAUCUCCAGCAGAACCGGGUUGAUCUUGCGCUCAAGGAGGUGCAGGCUGCUAAGCGCUGGGCGCAGGAUUCUCUGCUUGUUAAUCUGGCUGAGUCGUGGUUGGGGAUGAGGAUCGGUGGUGAGAAAUAUCAGUCUGCCUUUUAUGUCUACGAAGAACUUGCCUCUGCGCCUGGUACGUCGGCGCCUUUGUCUAUCGUCGGACAGGCUGUCGCGGAGAUUCAUCUGGGCCGGUUGCUCGAGGCCGAAGCUGCGCUGUCGGCUGCGCUGGAGAAAUACCCUGAGGAGGCGGAGUUGAUUGCUAAUGCCGUUGUGCUGAAUGUAUUGGCUGGGAAGCCUACCGAGGAAUUAGAGAGUCGUCUUCAACAAGUCAAGCCGUCGCAUGCCUUACUUGCCGAUAUCCAGGAGAAGAGCGAGCUGUUUGAUACUGCUGCGUCCAAGUACGCACCGAGAGUGGCUUCUUAGAUUUAUGGGGUACACUAGGCCACCUCUGUUUCUUUCUUUCCUAUUUCAGUGUGUAUGGGUCUCCUUUAAUGAAUUGGUAUGACGGCUAAGCUAUUGUGUUACCCAGCGCUACCCUUUCUUUGUUGUUUAUUGAUUUCUCUAAUAAAAGUCGCAUAGACAAGUGUUUCUGUUGACGUUGCUCAUGUGUGACUAGAAAAACUUUAAUGUCUCAGGGGGAUAUAUCAUAAACAGU